UUUUUUUUUUCACGUGAAAAUUUUCACAAAAAUAAAAUACCAUACCCUUAUUAUAUGAAACAAUGAAAUAUUAUUCCCUCCCAAAUACAACCAUUCAAUUUUAACAGCGUAAACUUUUGCGACAUAAUCUGUCUUGAUAUUUUUUAUUCAUGGAAAAUUAUUCUAAACAAGAAGAUAGGGAAACGGAAACGAAAAACCAUGAAACAAUAAUUUCUUCCUCCCAGACCUUCCUUCCUUCCAUACCAUCCACUGAGGAACUUGAAAACAUAUCAAAAACAAGUGACUUGAUACACAGAUUAAAAGAAUCAAAUUUAGGAUUGACAGAUGAUGACUUCGAUGUUCUCAAAUAUCAUAAAAUAAUCGGGCGAACGUUCCUUUUAUUAACGGAAGAAAAACUCGAAAGUCGAGGAGUGAAAUUAGGACCAACGCUGAACAUCAUAUGUUCGAUUAAUAAGAUUCGGAAGAAAAACUCAAGAUCAAGAUCAUGUGAGUAUUUAUUAUUAUUGUCUUUUGCAUCGUUGUGUUUUAUUGAAUUUGAUCUUAAUACAUUAUAUUUUUUAGCUUCGAAUUCUCCUACUCGACCUACUCGCAUGAAUAUAGACGAUGAUCUAGAUGACAUUGAUAUUCUCCAAAAAAAAUUCAAAGAGUUAGUUGAGGAUAAGUUUAGGUCUAUAUCCGGAUUGAAAUCAAAAGUUAAUUUUUCAUUAUUAGCAAAGGAUGUUUAUAGAGUGUGCGGGGAGGAUACUAUUAGUGUGAAGACUCUUAGAGAAUUUUACUUUUAUAAUACAAAACUCUCUAAACAUACUUAUCCAAUAGUUAGAAAAUGGGUUGAUCAUAAAAUGAGAGUAAAUAUUAGAAGUUAUAGAACUUGGUUUAGUUGAAUGAAUCACUUUAUCAUCAUAUCUACUUUUCUCUAAUCUUGUUUUGCUAUUUAUUUGUUUCGUUAAUAUUAAAUGGCUCAAUAAAAGAUAAAUCUAAAAAAAGAUUAAAAAAAUUAAACUUUAAA